UUUUUUUUUAACGCAAACUUGCAUUUAAUUACAAAAAUGUUUUUUUUAAAAAAAAAAUUUUUUAUUAAACCCUAGUUCCAAAUUACCAAAUGAGUGAAACUUUCGUAAAAAUCGAUGGUAUCAAUAUUGAUAUUAAUAAUGUUGAUAACAAUAAAAUUGAUAUCGAUAAUGAUAUAAAACCACAUAAGAAUAAACCUAUUACUAAGAUAGAAGUAUCACCAAAUGAAAAAUACCUUGUUACUUAUAGCCAAGAUGAUCAUUCAAUUGUUGGUUGGAAUAUCGAAGAUAUAGAUGAGGGUCGACUUAAUUUUGAUCAUACAGUUAAAAUAAAUCCUAAAUUUAAAAGCAUAGACCGAAUAUGUGUUUCUGAUGAUAAGAAACUUGCGUUUAUUUAUAAUGAUCUUAAUGGUCUAGAUAUGAAUAAUGAUAAUCAAGUAAUUGAACUAAAUCUCGACAAUUCCGACUUUGAAGAUUUUCGUGUGAGUUAUCGUUAUUUCACCUUUAAUUUAAAAGGUGAAUUUAUAUUAUACAAUAAAAUUAAUUCUGAUAUAACUGCGUAUAAAAAGCAUAAAAUUAUUUGGAUUUAUUCCACGCAAACUAAAAAUAAUAAAUGGAUGUGUAAAAGAAUUUAUGAGAUACCCAAAGAUUUUGAAUUGAUUGGCAUAUCAAAAAAUGAUAAACUUUAUUUAUUUUCAAAUAAUUCCAUUUAUGAAUGGAAUAUUCUUAAUGAAGAAAAUAUAAGAAUGUUUAAGAAUGAGGAGAAUGAGGUAAUAAAACAUUGUUAAAUUAUUUGUUAAAGUAUCUUAUUAAUUAUUAUUUAUUUUACACCUCAAAGUGGAAGGUUGACGGAAUUUCCAGCAAUGAAAAUUUUACUUGUUUAAGAAUCAAGGAUAAGAUCAUUAUUUAUUCAGUUGAAAUAGGAAUUUCUAUCGCUUCUUUGGAUAUAAAUAAUGUUGUAAAAUUUGGAAUUCCAUCACGGAACAUUGUUGGAAAGAAUGUUUAGACCGUUUAACAAAGAAUUUCCAAUUA